UCGUGAACGCGCAGCUGAGGAAGGAAGGGAGGUAGAGGGGGGGAAGCAGGCACGCGCUUUCCGUGUCUGGUUGGUGGACUGACAGCCAGCUGUGCGGCUACAACGACAACAACAACCUCCCGGAUUUGCUUUAUUCAACUGAAUUAGUGUUGGUCUUCAACUGGUCAUAAUCAAUCAGUGUGGCUAGUUUUUAAGUGUGUACUCAACAGCACACAGCUACAACCAGUUUCAUCGGCGGUUUCGGUGCUAACUAGCUAGAAGAGCAUUCCUCCAACAUGAAUCCGUUGUGUGGCAGAUGUAAUCGAGUCGUUUACCCCACGGAAAAAGUGAAUUGUCUGGACAAGGUAAGAACAUGAAAGAACCGCCUUUCUUCUUAUUCCGCUUUAAAAUAUAAUCUCCACAAAGCUCCCUCUCAUGUUUCCCGAGUGCUUUCAUUUUUACUGUGGUGGAAAAUCACACCCUUCACAUGUUUUUUGUGAAUGAAUUGAACACCCCAACAGGACAGGUAUUUCGCUAGCAAGACAGGCUAACGGCUAGCUUAACGUCUGGAAGGCACUAGCAUAAGAACUCGGUCAACGGAUGAAAAGGAAACACGUUUGAGUAUCAUGGCUUCCCCCCAAAACACAGAAUUUGUCUUAUUUUCAUCAAAGCAAUGGCUGUAGGCUAUAUUAUUGAUUUAGCCUGAACCAGCGCCUCAUAGCGUUUCCGCCAGACGAGCUGGGUUUGGGCCUGGCUUGCACCUCUGCUUUGAGGAAAAACCUUCGCUAACGUCUGAAACCUUCCUCUAAACCGCAGCAGUUAAACCUAUGAGAAACUAAGCGCCAGAAUUCCGUUUCAUAGCGUUACAUGCACUGUAUAACCAGGAUCUUAGUGCCAUGACUAUGCGAGGCUGCAGCGUGGACUGGUCUGGACCGUGUCUGUCUCUUGUCUAAUUCACUUGCUAAUCCAAGUCAGGUAUGAUUAGUCGAUCAACCUCGAUUAGUUUCCACUCAGAGACAGGAGCCUAAUCUCAAUCACAGUUGUAAUCCUGUCAAUUUUACCCAUAUUGUCUCUGUCGAGAUCUCUAAUUCACGUUGAGGCAACAAAUUAAGUUGAACAGUCUUAUUCCUGUGACCUCUUGUAAGUUUUCCAAAGCUCUAGAUAAUGAUUUUAUGAUGAUAAUUCCGUGUAUUAAAAGCUGCUGUCAUAAGAUAGAUCAAAACUUUAGAGCAAAUAUAAUAAACAUGCAACACAGCUGACUUACUGAUGGGUGGGGCCUGCUGUUAUUAGUAGGAUAUAACAUGCUAUUGGACAGAUGAUCAAUUGCAAGACACCCUUUUAAUGAUCUUCACAGUGUCCUAUAUAGUAAAGAAUAUAAACAUUCAGUUUAAGAGGUAGUUUUGAGGAUGAAUGUUUAUAGCACCAUUGUAAGGAAUCAUGAAGUAAUCAGCCAAAAUGAGCGGAGAAAUCCAGAGUGCCACGGUCCAAAAUUGAAAGUACAAAUGAUACAAUAACUGAACAAGAUAGGAUGAGGAUUUAUUGCCAUAUUGAUAUUCUGUCCCACCCCUAAUACACACAACAAUGUUUGUGUAUUUUUAUUGAAGGAGCGCUUGAGGACAGUCAGUAAUUUGUCAAACGGGUGUCCAGUGAAAAACAAUACCUGUCUCCCUGCUGAGACAUGCUUAUCUAUUGGGUUAAGGGAACAGGAAAAGUAGGGAAAGAGCACACUAACACAUUAUCUGAAGUAAAAUCAACUCUUGAUUUGAUGCAUUUCUCCUCAGCAGCAUAGAUGUAAAAUUGAAUGCACAAUGACUAAUGUUUUCUUAAGUGCUCUGGACUGGAAUUGAUUUACCUCUCAAGACAUCUUCAUGCUCAAAGCCAACCAAUCAUAGAAAUGUGACUCGUGUGAGACGGCUGUUAUUGAUGAGAAUCAAAUUGCCACAAGAACAGCCUGGAUGUUCGCUGGAAUCUGGCCUGGAGCAGAAGAAGAGUGCAUUCCAGCAGACAGACACUCCCAUAAAACGUGCUCUGUCAGAGGCCUGCUGUGUCUUCCUGCUCUGGAGCGAGCACAGGAGAGUAGCCUGCCGUCUGUCUUCACUGCCAUUCUGCAUCAGCGCUCAAACCUUCACACGGGCCAAAACAACCUCCCUUUUUCCUUCUCUUUGGCACACCCACACACUGCCCUUCUGUUUUGUUUUAAGGACAUACUGGCUGGGGAUUUUCCUGUGUGCUAGGCUAGCUUAGGUAGAGGCUGCAGCUACAUUGGUAUUCUCAGCCGCAGAUGAGUACCGUUUACCUGACAGUCUGCCUCUAUAAGAUCCUUCUGUAGAGACACAAAGCUACAGACGCAUGUGUGUCUGUCAGCUGCAUUCCAGUAUAGCGAGGCAGGGCCCAGCAGAGGGAGCAGGAAGCUGAGCACAUGUAAAGACAGGAAGUGAAUUUGAGUUUCAUGUUGGCGAUGCAUUUUUUUUGUUGUUGUUGUUUUUUGGCAUCCCAUCAAUUCUUAAACCCCUUGUUGAUGGUAAUGAGUUCAGAACCACAAAUGUGGAUCAGACUGAGUCACAUCUUUUUAAGUAGCUUUUUGUAGAUUGAGUUCAGGGCCCCUUGGAUUGGAGCCAGUGGAAACCAGUAACCAGGAAGCCCUUUUUCAAGCUGUAAAGGUUGAAUAAGGCACAUUUAGGUCUAUAUGUAGUGUCUGGAUAGACUAAAAUGAUUUGUAUGUGUGCUUCUAAAAGAUUAACAGCCAUUUGCAGCACUCAGGAAGCAUGUGUUUUUAAGACAAAUUGAGAGAUCAGUGCUGAGCGCUGAAAGCUCGAAGCUCAUCUCUCGCUGAAGCACUUGUAUCUGCUGGAGUGUCUUUGUACUUCCUAUCUGUACGUGCUGUCUACAUCUUACAUACUAAGGUUACAAGGCCUGUUUCUACCUGCUGGUAAGGAGGAGACACAGUCUUGCCAGAUCUCAUAAGAUAACAUGAGCAGGUGCAUUUUAGCGGUACAUUAUGAGGGACGAUUACUUGUUUUCUGGCAGUAAAUCAGCAAAGAAUUUCCAGAUUCCUCAUUCUACAUCUGUCCAUAAAUAGUGCUAACAACUGACUGGUGUAUCUUUAUCCAUCCUUUAUGCUUAAGUUUCAAAUAUAAGCAUUUGUUAUUUGGGUCAAAAUAAGUGUUUUCACUUGAUAUUAGCCAGAGAUGUAACUAAGUAUUCUUGUGGACAGAUAUCAAGCUGAUUAUUAAGCUUUUAUUAAAAGCUGUUAAAGCUCACUCUGAUUCUGGUAUUAAUAAUCAUCAAAGAUACAAAGAUGCAAACUAAAUAGGCAUCUCUUCAACCUGCCUUUAUAUCCUGUGUGUCUGUGUCACGUCUGAAUCACUCUCCCUCCAGCUAGGUAUGCCAUGACAAGCAAGGCAAAUAAGAUUAGCUGUUCAAUAUCUUGUGUGGGCUUUGUUGUUAAGACCCAUAUAAGGGAAAAACACAGCUUCAUAUUUUUUUAUAUCUUCAAUUCUCAAGAAAAGUUUGGUCAUCAUUAGACAUAUGACACUGAGGAAACGGGCUGAGAACAACGCAGCACAGCUUUCAUUGACUCUUAACUCAGCCCAAGUUGCACACUCAAAUAUGAGACAAGAGAAGACAGUUUCUCAUUUAAUUUCAGGAAUAUAUAUAUAUUUUUAAUUUCACUCUAAUCAAAUCUUGGUUUUCUUAUAGUUGUUUUGAAUGUAAUAGAUGUGUCAAAAAUAGUUUUUAGCCCAUAUGUUGCUUUAAAUACCAACAAUAGGCCACAGAAUAGAGUAAUGAUGGGCUUGUGACUGAUAAAGUUGUUUCAGAAAAGAGUCAAAACACAUCCUCACAAACUCAGCUUGGUAGGUAGCAAAAGAAGUGGCUGCACUCACAUGAUCUGAAAUCUUCAGACAUGGCUGUCAUUGAUAGAAGUGUUUGUAAAAAUCUGAUUUCAUACUUGAUUUGCUUCACGAUUUGAUAAAUCUGACAUACUUGAGUUCUGUCCUCGAGUUGUAACUGAUUUGUUUGUUUUUUAUUACUCAGCCUGUGUUGGCUUCAGUGUGGUCUUUCUGGCCAACAUGUGAGCCUUAUUGUAAUGCUGCUUCUCUAUCCCAGGAAAUGACUGAGGAAGGGGGUUAAAGGUCAGGGGAGUACAGUAUUCAACUUGUGCAGCUCUGUACGGUCUGUACAGCUUACAUCGUAAACCCUGAACUAAUUUGUUGCCCACAGUGUGCAACGAGUAAUCACUAAGCUCCUUCCUUUUUUUCAUGUUGAAGCAUUACACAAAUUUUAUAGGAGGAUUGUCUGCAUUCAUCGGCUCUCUGAUGGUCCAGUGUCAACACUUUUCCUCUGACUCUGGCAUUGAGAGCUUGAAUGGCGCCUUUUUAUAUAUAGAAGGAUUAUUUUUGAAGGCUGAUUCAUGUCCUGUGAAGCAAAUAGAGGUGAGCAAUCUGUCCAACCACUAACAGUCACCUUGCUUUAAUGACUCACAGUCACAAACACACAUAACAGUCAUUAUCAGAUGAGGUGUUGACUACACAAUGAGCCACCGUGUACUUCUUUUUUGUGCAGUUAAACAUAACAUGAACCAAUACUGAGGGUUGUUAUUGUUUCCUCUGAAGAGAGGAAGGAGGCCAAAAGACACCAGACUGUUAGCUGAUGAGCAGUUUUUAUUGGUCAGUUAGUCAGAACGUGUUGCAAUUUUAUAAGCAAAGUGGCCUUAUGGGUAAUGCAUGCAUAUGACAUAGUCUGGCUGAAUAUGGGAAAUGAGUGUGAGGAAAUGAGGGAAUUAGGGAGAAGUGAGCCAACUCUAUGUACUAGGGGUGGGAGAAAAAAAUCGAUACCACAUAUUAUUUUUUCUGGUGAUAUGUCAUAUCGUCUCCUUUACCAAGUAUCGAUUUUUUCAAAUUAAAUUGCUAAUAUAAAGUCAAAUCUAUGAUAAUGGAAAAAUAAAGUCAACUGUUCGUCUAGUGAGGUUGGUAGAGGUGACAUCAUAGAGUAGGAGACAGAUAUUACAACAAAUAUAUAAGGUUUGCAAGAUAUGCUACAUAAAAAUAAAAUACACUGUAAAUAAAAAAAAAUAAAGCAAAGACAAAUGCUACAUUAGCUAAACAGCUGAAAAAAACUAUAAAUUGCAAUAUAUGGUAUUGCAAUACUCACGGUAGCAAAAUGUUAAAAAUUGCAAUAAUAUUGUAUCGUGGCCCAAGUAUCGUGAUAAUAUCGUGGCCCAGGUAUCAUAAUAAUAUUGUAUCGUGGCCCAGGUAUCAUGAUAAUAUUGUAUCGUGGCCCAAGUAUCAUGAUAAUAUCGCAUCGUGGCCCAAGUAUCGUGAUAAUAUCGUAUCAUGAUAAUAUCGUAUCGUGGCCCAAGUAUCAUGAUAAUAUUGUAUCGUGGCCCAGGUAUCAUGAUAAUAUUGUAUCGUGGCCCAGGUAUCAUGAUAAUAUUGUAUCAUGGCCCAAGUAUCAUGAUAAUAUCGUAUCGUGAUAAUAUCGUAUCGUGGCCUAAGUAUCAUGAUAAUAUCGUAUCGUGGCCCAAGUAUCGUGAUAAUAUCGUAUUGUGGCCCAAGUAUUAUGAUCAUAUUGUAUCGUGGCCCAGGUAUCAUGAUAAUAUCGUAUGAUGGCCCAAUUAUCGUAGUCAUAUCGUGGGGCCACCAGUGAUUUCCACCCCUACUGUGUGCUGUGUGCUGUUAAGCUUGUAGGGAAAAAAACCCUGUACACCAUGUUCACUUCUUUGAUGGACUUAAAGCAUUAUUUUAUGAAUGUACACUAUGGUAUUGUCAUACAGCAGUGUUUCAGAAAGUGCGAAACUUCUUCACACUGUCUAACAUGCAAAAAUUAACAUGUAGUGAAGUUUCAGUCCUGAACCUUCAUUUGGCAUAUGAGCUUUCAGUAUGAAGAAAACCAUGAAGACACAGAAACAAAGUGGUGUGGGCUCGUAAUGUGAAAUAAAUGAAUGCAUACUAAUCAUGAAAUUUAAAACCAUUAUUAUGAGUCAAACUAUACAAGUACCAUCAUAACCACCCUCAAAUCAGGCCAACAGUAACAUUAUUGGACUUUUGGAAAGUGAGUUACACAGAUGAAUUUGGAUUAGGCAGAAGUGUUUUAACUUUCCCCCUGACUAUGUUUAAUUUCUGGGUUUCGCUGUGAAUCACGUGUUUUAAUGUCUGAUUGUGGGGGCAGCACUGUGUGUCGUUGUGUGUGAGUGCAUGUUGUGGUCUGAAGUGGUUUGAAAAGUGUGUUAAAGUGUGCUAAUCCAGCAUAGCAUUGUCUGUUAAAAACAGUGUCUGCUAUGCCUGCUGGUAAACAUCAGAGCCCUUUGCUUAAUGGCAUCAGGUAAGCAAAUAAUUAACCAGCAUGCUGUAAUGAGAUAGAUAGGGUUUCUUUUAUUAGAACCAGCCAGAUGUGGGCUCUUUGUCUUUCAACAUAUCUAACGCAUGAAUAAUCUUCUGCACGAAAACCCGCUCUAAUGACCUACUGAGUGCAUGUGAAUGGGUUUUUGAGUCAUCAGGCUGCUGCUGGUUUGAGUCUAACAUCAUAGUUUGCAGCUUCUUUUAAACCAUAGGUCCACUAAGCCGCUGAGAAACAUAGCAAAAGGGGUUUACUGUGGGGCCACUUGACCAAGAAUCAUGAAAUAUAACAUUAGGGUCAGAACUAGGAUGCCCUUCAGUGUUACAAGGCUCUAAAUGCCUUUGAUGCUCCAUUUGAGAAUUACUAGGUGGACUGGAAAAAUCCAUCUAUGGUGGACAGUAGAGUAAGAAGACUUGUAAUUUUUCAGUUAGAAAUAAAGUAACAAAGCCAGGGAUCAUCUAAUCAGUGUGGAUGUCAACACCAGCUAAGUUCUACUCCACAGGCACUUGUAAGGUACCCACUCUACUGAGCCAAAACACAGUCUCCAUCAAAAUCACAGAUGUUUUGGUGAAUGUGUUGUUGUUUUUUCAGAAGGCAAAAGAAGUGACAUCUCUUCCUUUUUGAGACUGAUAUUGACGAAGGAAGAGGCCUGUAGCAUUCAGUGACGAAAACUGCUGUUGAUGUUGUAUGUGAGAGGAAGUCCCUGUGCAGAUACCCACAAACUCUUCCUCUGUGUGUGCUGUGUGACCGAGCAUAUAUGGUAGGGCCGGGCGAAAUAGAAAAAAGUUUAUCACAAUGUAUUUUUUUUCAUAUCAGUUGAUAUUGAUAUUUAUCACGAUAUAAAAAAAUCACUCGUCAAUCUUAAAUGUUCCCUGUUACUCUUUAAUGAAAUUUAGCAGCGCUUAUUGGCAGCAUGUCUUUUGCAAUACAAUAAGCUACUGCAUCUGUGAGGUCUUUGUGUCUGUUCAACUAUUGUUGUAAGGUGUUGUGCUAGAGAAAGCGGACUGAAUGGUUGGCUGUUUUGGCUGCACAGGUGCCAUGGGCUGCUUUGCACUUGCUCCGCUCGGGGUUUGUAAACUUUUGCAUUGCGCAUGCUCUGGCACGUGGCACUGCUUCAGAUGGUGAAAAAGAUUUGAGGUAUUAACCGACUUUGCGAGAACAUGUUCUCGACAUAAUUUGUAGUGCACAUUUUACUCUGCUUCAUGUCCAACCUCAAAAAAACAAAAUACCUCCACACCACCGACGUUUUCAUGCCAGUGUUGUUGACAAUGUUGUCAUCUGUUGAGCCUUCAUCUGCAUUUCUGUCAGGGGGUAGCACACAUUUCCUUUUUUCCCCACCAAAAGUGCUGUCAGCUUCACGUGUUGAAGUGCUAUGGUUGAGUGUAGCUGCAGUUUGCUACUACACAGUUGUUUGCUACUUGGUUCUAAUUCAGCACAUGAUUGGUUCAGCGUGGCACGGACCUGAAGCAACUCCUCUUUUCAUUGGCUUGUUUAGUCUACUAAAACAUUGCAGAAUGCAGACUAUUGAAAAGCAUAGUGACCAUGUUUCAUAUCGAUAUCGAGGAAAAUCAAUUUUUGAUAUAUAUCAUUAUUGUUUUAUCGCCCAGCCUUAAUACAUGGGGUUCAGGUUUAGUGUUUGUGUCCCUGGGUUUUGGUCCUGGCUAAACUGUCACUGGUGCUCACCAAGAGGGAGGGCCAUGAGGCUGACUGAGCAUUUUUGCUCUUGUCUGGAGCCUUAGAUCUCUGCUGACACACAUGCAUUAUGCAUUUAGACAUGUAACCUACAUACACUACAAGUUCACACCCACACACACACAGUGUUAAUAUCCAGGCACACAUAAAGACAAGUAUGCACACGUGCCCCUGAGCUGCACUGAUGCAGGAAGACAGUGCGUUUUUUUUUUUUUUUUUUCAUGUGUGUUUUAUUUCUAGGGCUCCGUCUCUGCAGUGUCCUUAUUUUCCAGCUGACUGCCAGAUCCAGGCUGGGAAGAGCCAGGUUGUCCUGGAGCUGGACAGGGCUAACUGCUGCAUGGUCUCUGGAAAACACAUUUGGCAUGUUUCUUGCUCCUUCCUUCCUCUUUGGCAUCUAUUCAGCUCAAUCCUGUGCCUCAUGUGCACGCCUCAGACCCCUUAUAUCAUCCAGAAUGUAUGACCGUUGUGUCUUCGUUCAGAUGGGUGGCAAAACACUUGGCAUUUGAAUGUAUUUCAAAUGUGUCCGGUGACCUCUUAUCAUGUUUCACUUCUCUGAGCAUUUUUGAUUUUAUCUAUGAGAAACUGCAACCGCUGCUGAGCAGAAAAUCUGUGUGCUCAGCCGUACUGUAAGGGAAGAAGCCUGCAGCUGUUAGAUGCAAAGCGAUUUAACAUCAAAGUUUACCAGGUUGUCCUGUAAACAUGUCAGGAAUGUAUUUAAGAAGCAAUGUUUACACUGUGACUAGUUUAGGUUGCUAUGCCAGCAUAGUUUGGUGCCCUCUUUGAAUAUUUGCACCUUUAUUGGAGAUGCUCCUGUUUUGGGCUGGGCGAUAUGGCCUCAAAUCAAUAUCACGAUCUAUUGAGCAGUUCACCUCGAUAACGAUAGAUGGACGAUAACUACUCCACAAGCUGCUCACCCCCUCCCACAUUAACUCCGUCUACUUCAGCUGCCAUUCCAGCCGCCACAAUUUUUGAACCGUCCUACAUCUCCUCACCUGUCUUUCCCUCUUUGUUACCGACUGGAUGGGGUGGAGUCAUGUCUCUGACGUAGGACAGCGUCUUAAAGGGACAUAAGGCCAUAGCCUGCCUACACAAAUCCAAAACCAACUUUUAUUUAUUUUUUUGACACUGAAUAUAUUGACAUGGGGCAAAAUGACAUCAGCUAUUGUCGUAAAUUUCUGUAUCGGUAAAUUUUCUGUUUAUCACCCAGGCCUACUCCUGUUUGAUCCUGAUACAGCGUUGGAGUUUAAAUGGUUUGACCUUUGUCCACCUGAGAGGGUAAUGUUACCCAUGUGGCUAAGUCUAGAGGGUAAUGAGGAUUGUCACAGUGAAAUGUGGGUUAGCAGGUUUUGUGAGGCUUUGGAAAAGUUUGCUAAACACUCGUGUUUAGAGGGUUUGUUCUGUGGGGUACACCCAAGGUCAAUAUUUGUCCUGAAAAACAGCAGCAGUAUCAAAGUUCAUAGUCAGCUCAGCUGAUAGGCUCAGUUGAGUCUACACCUUUCCUUUCCUUCAGGGCUCUAUUCCUGGACAGUCUGAUUUUACAGAUUCAUAUGGGACUAACUAAAAUUUGUUGAGACUACUGUAUAUGACUGCUACUACCCUAUGAGUAAACGAACCAGACAUAUGUAAAGAUGGCGGCCACCACAGCUGCAGAUCAGCUGAAGCAGGAGGAAAUGGAAUCUGCCUGCAGUAUGUUAUUGUUUGUAAGGGGAUUUGCCAUUGCAGUACUAACCAGAACAAUAGAGAGGGAGAGAGCAGUGGAAAGAGGAACAUGAUGUGUCCAUGUGCAGCUCCCUCAGGCCUCGCUGGGUUGGAGAGAAGAGGGAUAAGGAGUUUGCAUUUGAAAGCUUGGUCCAGUGUGUUUGGCUGUGGAUCACAGCAACAGAGCUGAGGCUGGAUUUUGACAUACAGCCCCUCCCCCUUUUUUGGUACAAUAUUGCUGGCCCACAGCUACAGACACCGUGUCAAAUGCACACUUACUUCCCUUGUUGCAACCUUGGGUGGUCCAUCACAUCCAGUCACAACACACAAGACCUCUCUUAAAUCCAGCCUGAAGACACACUCGUUGUGCUGUAUUCAGACGUACUUCUAUUCGCUCUGGUCCUUGUCCAUGUAUAGCUUUCAUAAAUAGUGGCUCUUCUUUUCCUGUUGGUUUAUCGCACACUGUGAAUCAGUGUAGUUUAUGCUCUCUUAGUUACCAUAGUGUAUGCAGGAGAGUGAUGUUUUUUUUUUUUUUUUUUUUUUGUUGGUAUCACUCUGUUUUUUUCCCUGAAGAGACCAUGUGGAGUCAGCUUGUUUUGUGCAUGUGUUUGUAAAGGCAACAUUAAGGAACUAAUGUUCUACUCUGAUGUGUUCUAGCAUUUUGAAUCAUCUUUCCUGCACUGUUUGUUAGGAAGAUUAGUGUUUUGUGUGGGGGCAAUUGGUAGAGAGAGUGAUAAAGAGUGGGAGAAAGAACGAGAAGGAUGACAGAGUACCCUGAGGCCAUGUUAACAAGAACUCUGCCUUUCUUUCCCUCCCAAUCUUCUCUGCUCUUUCGGUGUCUCUGCACUCCUCCCUCUUGUCCCUUGAUGAUAGCAGGAGCAGCCAGAUCAUUGCUUCACUCUCUGGCGUUUUCUCCCCCCUCAGACACCCCCUCCCCCCACAUGCCCCAUCCUAUUGCGCUCUCCGGCUUCUUCCUUUCAUGUUUCCUCCCUCCUUCUAGUUUUUCCUCCCUCAAUCCCUCUUUGAACCCUCAGGCCGCAGAUCAGCCCAGUGCCAGGAGGGAAAACGAAGGGAGGCGAGAGGGCAAGUGGACAGGAGGAAGGGAGGACGAUGUUUAGAGAGACUGAUGGAGGAGUUUGUGAAACAUUCAGAGAUUAGAGGAGGGUGGUCAGAAAGAAUCUCAAACUGUGAUUUGCAGAUGGGCUGGGCAAUCUGGCAAGAAUAUGAUUGUCGUGCUAUGAUUACAAAUUGAGAAUGCUGUUUGUUUGAGGAAUGUCUGAAUAAUGAUAGUGGCACAUGUGGUCCAGCUUCAGAUCAUAGUUUAUUGGCAUGCGCAGAAUUAAUAUGUGCAUUGUUUUUAUUGAAGUUUAGUAAAUGGAGUACUCUGUCUCUUUAAGACACUCUCUUGACACAGCAAUCCCUGAUUGAGCUUUGUGCUCAUCUGUUGCUAACAUUAGGUCAUCUUGUUGUUUUUAGGCUCAAACACCCACAGUGUUGGUUGUUAGCAAAUGUUGUAAAGAAAGUCAGAUUAUCUAAACAGGUUUCCCUUUCUGCGCAAUGAACACACAGGCAAUUAAAGAUACUUGGGUGGAAAAAACAAACAAACCAAGAAAGCAGCUCAGGUGAGAUGUCUGUCUGGAACAGACAAAGGUUGAACAGGCAGGGAGAUGCUGGUCAAGCUGUCAUGAUCAUUGAGUGGAUGUCCCCCCCCCCUAAAGCCAGGGUUUUAUCACUGAUUCUGCUUUGUAGGGCUGUAAAGUCCUAGUUGACAGGUCGACUUAUUGGUCGAUAUGUGCUGAGUCGACCAAAGUUUUGAUUGGUUGACUCGAUUUUUUUCCGUGUCAAUUUACAGUCUACAGUUAAUUUCAUCAGGAGGAACAUACAAAGUGCAAAUGGGGGUGUUUUCUGAGCACCCCCAUUUCACAGGUAACGGCCUGUCUCAGAACACCCCCCUUGUUUUCACCAUUUUAGAUUCGCCCAACCUACUGGAGACCAGCUUAAGACAGGGAGAUUGAAGAGCGUCCACGUUAUUUACCCAUCCAUGCUAUUUAUCCGUCCAUGCUAUUUAUAUUUAAGCCUUUUGUGUUUAAUUGUCUUCUUGUGCCGAUAUCAGUGUAUCUUGACCCCUGCCAGUGGAGCCAUACUCCACUGAGCCGCGUCGUGCCCCGCCGCAAAAGGGUCGAUUUUUGGACGAAAAUUUCUGGUUUCAGUCGACCAAGAAUUUCUUUGGUUGAUUACAGCGUAACUGCUUUGAGUAUUUACUCCAUCCAUAUCAAGCACAAAUAUCUAUCUAUGCUUUAUUGACCAAUCACAGCGGUUGACAUUGGCACAAAGCAGAGCCACUUUAGUUUACCAUAUAUGCAGAAAUCAACAUUUUUGAAGUCAUUAAAAAAGCAUAAAAAAAGACAGCACAAAAUUAGACUAUACAGAUCUGUCCACAUAUAAACAGGAACCACUCAACCACUCAGCCUGUUAGCAAAAGAGGGCACUGGUGGUAACUUGUGAUUGCAAACACAAACUACUCUGUUCCCACUUUGCUCUCCUUUUUUCCCACAAAGUCUUAACAUUCACUCCUCUUUCUGUCUCUAGCGCCUGUGGCUGUGAAACCUCAAGGGAAUAAAAAGUAGUUCUGGCCUUACUCAUUCAAUUAGCUCUCCUGUGCUAGCAUGGGUGUUUGUGUGUGUGUGUGUGUGUGUGUGUGUGUGUGUGUAUUGUAUAUUGCUUGGGAAAGGUGAAAGAAAUGUCACAGAUCUCUGCCUCUUUAACAUUUAAUGUCUCCUCUGUCUCUCUUGUCUCUGACAGUACUGGCAUAAAGGAUGCUUCAGCUGCGAAGUCUGCAAAAUGACUCUAAACAUGAAGAAUUACAAAGGCUUCGAGAAGAGACCAUACUGCAAUUCGUAAGUUGUCCUUCUUUGAGUCACUAUUUUGUGUGUCAGUAAACAUGUCCAAUGUUUUUCUUUAUUCCCGACUGGUUCAGCCUGCUUCCCAGGGACACUGACAGCAGCAUUUAAUCUGUCCGCAGAAAGAAAUACGACUCUCUAAAUGCGUGUGUGUUCAUGUUGCAACCCCAACCAAGGCCCCUGUCUGCCUCCUCUGCUGUUUAUCAGCGACUAUUCCAGCUCCCCUCUUAGAGAAAAGGCCUAUAUGUGGUGUGGGAAAGUGCCUCCCUCCUCCCCCUUGUUUGGGAAGGGGGGGGGCGUCAACAAAGGAAAUUCCUAAAGUUCCUCUACAGUGACACAGGCGGACACACUGAAAACUAGCAUGUCCACUCACGCUUCAGCACAUACUCACUGACUAGAGGCUCAUCAGGAAUCCCUGGAAUCUCCCUCGUCCAUUUCUAGUAAUGAUUUCCCUCUCCUCUUUGUGAGUGAGAAAGUUUGAUGAUGAGUGCGUGUCCUGAGGAGGAAUGCAGAGAGAAGGCGUUGCAACAAGCACUGAUUAUUAUCAUAUUUUUUUGCAUUUCGCAUCAAGUGCUGUUUUAUUGUAAAUAAAACAAACCAAGACGUCAAGUGCUGCCACUUGCAACUCGAGGGGGAAACCAGUGGUGUUCUGGUUUGUCUAAUGCACACCUGUUGUUUACAGUAUUGGGCUUUCUUUAUGAUUGAUAUUAGGAAUAAGUGAUUUGUUCCAACCAUCUGUUUUUUUUCCAAGGACGUCUUACAUCCUUGUCUAUAUAUUUGGACCUAAAUUACAUUUGCAACCUCUAGCUGGAGCCUGAAGAUGCAAUCAGACUGAAAGUAAGACAGAGUGUAGUCCUGCUGCACUUGGUGUAGAGGUGUUGAAAGCUGAUGCAAAUCUAACAGUGACAGGAUGCAACCGAUGACAUGUGAAACAGGGCUGCCACUAACUGAAAAUUGCUUCACUUCUUUUAACCUACUUUUUUGUUGAUUAUUAACUGAUUAUUUAUAGGGAUGCAUGAUUUCUUUUUUUUUUUUUUUUGCUGAUUCCCUACUCUUCAGGGUAAUCUAACUCAUAGAAACACAGAUCCAGUACUUACACAUACACAUUAUUUCAUUGCUAAGAACACAAUCUCUGCAAAGGCUUAAGUGUGACUUUACCUCAUAUCAUUAUUAUGACAGUCUUUUUGUUUUAGAAACAGACAUAUAUCAAAAAACAGUAUUUGAGAGUAGGAGAGAAUCACUGAGAAUCUGUAUUAUUAAAGUGCUCCUGUGAACCCAUCUGAUCUACCCCCAGAGGACCCUGAAAAGUGAUGCGCCUCAGGGAUUGAAACCAUCACAUGAGUGGUUACUGUUUACACCUGUGCUUUGUCUCUUGUUUGGUGAGCUCCUUUAAAAACACCUAUCAGUGAACUAUUGUAUCUUUUGUGACUGCGCAGGAAUCAGAUUUGCCAAGUAAAUUUGUCAUCUUUGACGUCUCCUCGGCUUGUUUGGCUUUUCUGCUCUCAAGACGGGACAGCACCUCUCUAUGACUCAUUUUCAAGCUCAGGGUUGGGUGACCACAGUAAAUCCUCAGCAUGGCCACACCCAAAUGAAACCUGAGCAAGCAGUGGUCUAAGGUUUAAGACACGUGUGCAGGUGUAAUGAAAAAUAAACAUUAGAUGAUGAGAUGGUCUUUUUAAAUGUUGUUUCAAACAGUAAACUAAUAUCUCAUAGGAACCCUUCUUCUUCCUCUUCUAGUCCCUCUUAACUCCAUCAAACUUCCUUCAACAGGUGUUGUCCUACUUCAGGAUACCAUGUUUUCUUUUCGCCUUCCUGCUUCUGGUGUUCCCUCACCUCACCUAGCCAACAGCAGCUCAGCUCCUCAGUAUGUUUAUUCUGUUUGUUUAAAACGAGCCGUCUUUGAGUAAACACCAUCAGUGGAAGAGCCUCCUACUUCAAGAGAGGAAUGCAGGCUUUGGUCUCUGGAAAUACUCUGUUGAGUAACUGUUUCAUCAUUUCUCCUCCAUAUUUGUCCUUCCUAAUUGGUAUAGAUAAAGUUAGUUUGCUCCUUCUUCCCUGAGAAUCUCAUCCCUGAUUAGACGCUAGAGUCACAGGGGGUGGGGGAUUGUGGGAGAUUUAGAAGGGCAGAUAAGUAGAUAAAAAAACACUCUUAAUUUCCCCUGGAGACUGCUGGAGAAAUGGUGAGACGUUGCCAUAAUGACAAAUGUCAUGAAUUAAACUUAAAGAUCAAUGUGGUUUUAUUAAAAACUUGCCAGAGGUGUCUUGAUUUAGUGUUUUUAUCCAUAUCGCUUCAUGGCUCUCUUCCAUUCAGCUUAUCCUAAAUGAAUAAUGAACAGCCAGUAAGACUAAAACCACUCUCCCAGGAUGUUAGGACACUGCUGAUUCUUUUGGUCUGGGAAAGAUGCUGCUUUCACAAUCAGUCUGGGAAUGGGCUUGUUUGUGCCCGACCAGAAGAAAGGCAGAGUCAGUUGAAUAAAUCAGAUAAAGGCUAGCAUAGGGUAGGGGUCAGUUUUGUUUACUGCAGAUAUCUUCUUUGAUUUUUCUCUGUUGUUUUUACUUAGAAUAUAAAACAACAUCACAAAUCAUGAGAGAAACUUGUCAUCAUUUUCCACAUUGUAACAAGACCCAGAUGCCACAAACUCUGACAAUAGUCAGCCCUUGCUUCAUCCAGCAACAGCUGUUUACAUGUCUUGAUCGGACAGUGUCUGAAUUUGAAAGUCACUUGUUUGUCAUAUUUGUGAAAUCAGAUGUGGUUUCCUCUACAUGACGUGAUGAAAAUGAUCAAACUGUUUUACCUGACUAAUGCGUUAAAACCUUUUCAGGUCUCACAGGGCCAAGCCGUCAACAACUUCUCCUGGUUCCACAAUACAAACAGGAGUCUCCUCCUGCACAGUAGGCAGUUUGUAUGAGUGUGUAUUUGUGUGUGUUUGAUAUCACAAAUGUGUGGCCUUCUCACCCGUCCACCUCAGCAAAGCCGCCCCUCCGUUUUUAUCACUCUCUCUUUAGUCUUCACAGGGGCUAACUGAGUUUGUGCAUGUGUCACCAACUCCUGUCUGGGACUUAUUACCUUGUUAUACAAGCUGACAGAUAGACGAGUGUUCUUGUGAGUCAUUCAUAGCCUCAAACAGACACACUUCAGAGGAUCCCACUGAGUCACUCAGGUUAUAUCUGCAACACUGCUGUAUGUUUGCGUUACAAUUUACUGACCCAAAGACACGCUGAAGAUGACGCGAACCCCGUUUAUUUUAACAGAUGCAGUUUAUGAGAGUGUGUGCAACUCAAACACUCCCUAAAACAAGUGCUCUGUCAAAGGGAGUAUGUUCCACCACAAACCAGAUACACCCAACUUCAGACUAUUAACACUUCUGAGUUUCCUGGCUUUGAUCAAGGGAGAGUCCCUAAAAAAAGAUUCAGACUAACACUAAGAGGUGGGAGAAAAAAUCGAUACAGCAUAGUAUUGCAAUAUUUUGUCUGGUGAUAUAUUGAAUCAUCUCAUUCACAAAGUAUCGAUUUUUCAAAUUAACUGUUAAUAUGAAGUCAAAUCUAUGAUAAUGUAAAAAUAAAAUCAACUGUUUGUCCAGUGAGGUUGGCAGAGGUAACAUCAUAGAGCAGGAGAAAGUUAGUGCAACAAAUAUAUAUAAGGUUUGUAGGAAGUUCUACAUGAAAAUAAAAUGCAGCGUAAACAAUACAAAUAUAGGAAAGCCAAAUUCUAAAUUAGCUAAAUCACAAUAAUGUCGUAUCGUGGCCCAAGUAUCGUGAUAAUAUUGUUCGUGGGGCCACUAGUCUUUCCCACCCCUUGUAACACUUGGUGUAAAGGUUUAAAGGUUAAAUGUCUGAGUUUAUUGUGUUCCCUCCCAGGUCUACAUAAUUUCUGAUACAACAUUAGAUGAGUCUUAGAAUGAGAGCUUUUGUCAGAUGUCAAAAAUACAGAGAUAAAACAAGUGUCAUGUGCAGCAAAAGAAAAGAGCUCUCUGUAUUUGAUCAGAUAUCCUUCAACAGUGAACAGAGGCUUCAUUUGCCUAGGCUGCUAGCGUAGCUAACUGCUAAAUCUUAAUACUGCAGAUAUAUUCAGGAAGUGCUGCCAGCAGCUGUAAAGGCUUGGUGCGAGCAUGCACAGACUUGCAUGUGUUUCUGUGGAUGUAGCAGGACUCAAGUGCUCAAGUUUGUUUUAUAUCACAAAUCUUAAAAUGCGACUUCAACCACCUCCUGCUUCUGUUUUUUAAAUCUAACUGCAUUCAUAGUCACAGACUUAGAGUUCACGCUUCAUGCUUUGGUUUCCUUAAAGUGGCUUUUAUCUUAUUUUAACAGUGUGCUUUAUAAAAGUGUACCAACCACAAUGCCUUUGGUAAAAGUGUUCAUAUCCCAUAAUCAAGUCAGAACAAAGGCUCAUUUAGUAUGUUUACCGCGUUGCUAUGGACACCGUAGACAUAUUGCCUGAAUGGGUUACCCAGAGGCACAGAUAGUGGUUAGAGAUUUUUGAGGUCACUGUUCACCCUGAGGCCAGCUGGGGACUACAGUCUAUAUAGGAGCUGUUAGAUCAACUGUGAGGGCUUGUCCUCUCCUGCUGGACUUAAGCCAUAUGUUUAUGCUGCCUGAAGGACCACGCUGAACUGUGAGCACCGAUUUUUGGGAACUUGAAAGCUACCAGUGUAUAAAAACACUGCCCUGCAUGACAGUGGUUGAUGCAGUCAAUAAGCCUAAGUAUAAUGAACUGCUCCGAGUGCUGAAUGCAUGUUUGUUUGUCUGCAUGGGAGCUGCUUGUUUUAGCUAACUUGUGUAUAUUUAUGUUUGUUAUAUUUAUUUUCAGGAUUUAUUUUCAGGACUCUGGUGGAGUCUGUGGCUGUCGAGAAAAAUUCCCAGAAUCCAUUGAGAGAAGAGACUCGCCUUCACGCUCAGUUUAAGGGGGCUACCCAUGACAUCAUUCACACUAACCCAGUGUCUCUUUGACCCGACUGCCGUGCCCUUCCUCUUCCUGUUAUCCCCCACAGAGCUGUGUCUGUUAGCGUGUGUGCAUUAUAAGUCUGUGUGUGAAAGCUUGGAGAGCUUUUUCCACACCUGCUAAAGCUCACCCCCAAAACUCUGCAACCUUGAGGCUCUCUUCCCCCCACAUGACUGCUGCCUGCACUUCCUCUGUCCCAAACUACCUUGGCUCCCACUGACAGAGCAUUGUGUGUUAUACUGACAUGCUUUUUGUACACAGGGGCUCCUAACUCAACCUCAGGACCACCUUGAAUAACAAAUGCCCCCACUGUGGGGCCACAGACUGCACUCUGCUUGAGUUCUGCUGUUUUUCUCUGAGAGUUUUUGGCUUGAGCAGCACUGUGCGAGUCUGAGUAAAAGCUGGCAUCUGUCUCUGUGUGUGUUUACUGUGUACUGACUUUCUUUGCCGCUCUGUGUGUUUAUUUUGCAGACACUACCCCAAGGCAGGCUUUACCAUUGUGGCUGACACUCCAGAGAACCUCCGCCUCAAACAGCAAAGCAAAAUGCAGAGCCAGGUAACUCUUUGUGUCUGUUGUAGCUACUUGUAGGAUUCAUGUUCAGACCAAACCACAGUUAUGCAACAUGCAAACACACAUAUUCUCUACUUAACUUGGCACUGAUCCACCAAAGAGGUCAGACCCUUCAUUCAAAAAAGUUGUGACGCUGUUUAAAUGCAAUUGGCAACUUAUUCUGAUGGUUUGCAAAUCAGUAAAAUCCUUUUUCCAAUAACAGGGUUCCUACACAGUUGGAAUUUCCAUACUUUUCCAUACCCUACUUUUUAGAAUUAUUUUUGAAUAUACUUGCUUUUCUAUUAUAGAAAACAUUUUUGAACUUUGGUAAUAGUCUGGAAACAUAAAUAUUUUUCCAUACUUUAUUUUUCCUUUUCCAUACUUUUUCAGAUCUAGAAAUUGAUCAAACUUCUUCAAUACUUGCGUAGGAACCCUGCAAUAGGAAUACUGCAAAAACAACAUAUGUCUGUAUCAUAUUUAUACCCGGUAUCCUCUCUGUGUGGUACAGUUUUGGCCUGACCCUGUGUAUAAACUGUUCACAGACAGGGUUUUUUUUUCAAGACUGAUUUUGAGCCCUGGAGUGAUUUUCACUGCAGAGUCAGGUUGGUUUUUAAUACAUUGCUUGCCUGUUUUUGGCCUUGUCCCCUUUUUCACUGAGAUUUCCCCAGAUUCUUUCAUCUUUAAUGAAAUGAUAAUAUCAAAGAUAAUCAAAUCCUCAAAUCCUUUGCAAUUUUACACUGUCUCAACUUUUUGGAGACAUGUUCCUGGCAUCAAACUCUUGCCUUUUUAGAAUUAUGUUAUUCCUUUUAUAUGUGAUGUGACCUCGGUCAGAUACAACUCAAUAAGUAUUCAAACACCUGUGUUUUAUCGUCUAUAUCAUGUACUGAGGAAGACUCAGCCAAGUUGAAACCUGUUGACAUACACCUGUUCAAGAGGAUUUUAUACUCUAUUUGAGAGCCUCAGAUUUUCAGUUGGACUGACAUUUUUCAUUGUGAACUUUUUUCUCAUUUUUAAAAAGAUAGUUUACAGAUAUUUACAGAAAAGCCUGAUUCGAGCGAACACUAAUAAGAUUUUGGAGUCUGUGUUUCAGAGCACUGACUGUCAGAUUACACAGUUGCUCAUAUUCAAAGUUUGAAUUUUCAAGAUAGCUGCUAGGUCACUGCUCAACAGACCUGAGAAGCCAAGCGUAAAAUUGGAACAUAAUGAAACAUUAAGACACUUAGAGAUAGGGAUGGUCACUUAAUACUGCACUUUAUGAAGGGGUAAAUAAGCCAGUGAGGUACAGGUUUGUGGUCUUACAGAGGAGCAGCUGUACCGCAAGAGUGUUGGCUUUUUCAACAAAAUAAGGAGUCAUCCAUACUUGGCCCGAAUCCCAGAUAGAAAUAGAAUUGCUAGAUUACUAGAUCAUUUCAUGAGGUGAUGCAGUGUCAAUCAUUCUUGUGUAAAUCUGUUUCGCAACUCUGUCAGUUUUGGCUGUUGGAAGAACAAGCUUUGUGUUGCCUGUUGCAUGUGAAAGAUCUGUGUACUGGCUAUUAGCCAAUUUGUUUUGUUUUCUCUGAAACAGACUCACUGAGAGUAACAGAUGUAGACCCUUACCUUGCUGGAACUCACCUUAAGUUUGCCAAAUAUACAGAGACCCUUUUGCCUCCAGGAAAGAAAACAUACGCCUAUUUUUAGCUGUUGUUUAGCUGUCUCCUCUAUUCCCUUUCAUAAUACAAAUAAGAAUAGCUUUAUUUAUCCCCAAAGUGAAAUUCAGUUGUUGUUAAAUAACAGUUGCACAGUGGAUUGUUUUGCGAUAAAUCCUUUUUUUUUUACCUCUUUUUUGUAUAUCACUUUUUUGGGUAAAUUUAAAUUGCUGCUCAUGGUUUUUUUUUAUAAAAUAGUCCAUAGCUGCAUGUUAACCAUGAUGACAUAUGCUACCAUGGCUGUAUAUGAAGAAAUUAAAAUAACAAAGACCCAAAUAUAUCCCAGGAUAAAAAAAAGAAACUCAUCAGACCAGAAUAUCCCUCUGAACUGGGUCAUGCAUUAUUGCCUAAAUCAAGAUGGCUCUGAUAGAGCCAGAGCCAGAGAGAUUUACAUUCAGCUGUAAACUCUUAUCAGUGCUUCCCUCUCUGCACUUGACAACAGAACAACAAACUACUGAUAGGGCCACUAUAAACAUCAUGGAAAACUAGUAGCAGCCAGGCUUCAGUCUGUCAGGCUGUCAUGUGAAGUCCUACUUCUCUUAUUCAAGUCAUGGAGCAUGCUGCUUAGUAUUCGAGGAACUUCAUCAGUGUAAAUGGAUUAACAUUCAAUACAAAAGUUCCUCAAAUCAAGGAUAUUCUCAUUAAUGCAAAUGAAAAUUAAUGGAAUAAAGUUAGCUACAAUGCUGAACACAUUUCUGUUAACUGACAUCAAAAUAAAACUAGUCAUCACAAAAAAACCCAACAACAUUCUCAAAAAUGUAAAUGAGUACGGUCACAGAAAUGUCCUUAGACGUGUCAGUCAGGAUGUUGACAGACUUGACUGACACAUUCUUCAUGGUCUAUCUCACCAGCAGUGAGCCAGACAGUUUGAGCCCCACCUCAUAACAGCAGAAGUUGAACUCUUUUCCAUUCAUCGUUCUUUUUUUUUUUAUGAUGUAUUUUUAAAAAAGCUUCUUCCAGAUGUUUAUUUACAACACCAAGACCGCUUCUGUUGAACAUUAAUACUCUGAAUGACACACAUGAUGAAAGCAUGCUGCUUUUCGAAAUACAAUCUUGUUCAUUUCCUGCCACAGAUGGUGGAAAAAUCGACAUAAGUUAUUUUCAGGACACUGUCAUUCAGAUUCUCUUGAGGAAAAUCCUUCUGUUUGAUAAACAGGUUGGAUUAUUAUUAUUAUUACUUUUUUUUAUUUUUAUUGCAUGGAUGGAGAAGGGUUGCCGCUUGCUGAUACACAUUGACAUUUAGGACACUGUUCUCUAUGUUCAUGAGCUUUUCUCAUCAGAAACAUUGUGUGCUCACCAGUCAACAGAAACACAGUCAGAUCAGGCAGGACUAUUCAACAUUUCCCCCAGUACAUCUCUCAUGUUUUCUAGUUUGUUCCAGAAUCAUUAAGAAAGUAUUACAGAUAUGAAAUAAACCGAUCGCUGCUUCACUUAGAGAAGUGCAAUAGAAGAGACAGAUGGAGGAAAGAUGGACCUACGACCCAGAGUAGUUGUCUCACUUAAAAAUUGGGUGAAAGUUGAGUUCCUGUCUGUCUGUAGUGCAUGAAUGUACAAUUCAUGGUGGCCCAGCUGGGUAUUAACUUCUGUUAGGGUGGCAUAAAGUACGUGAAGCCUACUAAUAAAUGGAUUGCAUUUCUAGUUGCAUAUAUGUUCUAAUAGAAUCAGUGUAUUUAAUAUACUCUAAAUUUAGCUUCUAAAGAGGCCAAUAGCCAAUCAUAUGUUGGGAGUUUUUGUGGGGCUCCUUCAUUUGCGAAUAAGAUACAUUAAAAAAUAGGAAGGCUGGAUGUUGUAACUGUUUCCUUUUUUCUUUUGUGGGUGGUUGCAGUUCAUCUUUUGUAUUGAAAUAUGUAUUUAAAAAGCAAAAACAAAGAAAAGGUCAUUAUAGUCUUGAUUGUGGAUCGUUGAAUAGCUGUGGGUGUCAGUUGGUGAGGGUUUAAGAGAAGAGCUGAGCGAGUGGUUUGUCGUUUCAGUGUAUAGCAGAGAAAUGUGUUAACCACAAAGGAGGAGGGGCUUAUCAAAGAGUGUCAAGUCUCAUCUGAGAGUCAGUGCCAGUCUCUGCAGAUGAGGUCAGGCUGUGUAUGCAAGGAUUGGGGGUAGCGGUCAUAUAGGGUGGGGGAAAAUUGGAGGAUCAAGAGACAGAUGGUGUUUUUCUACAUGGAUUUUGAAUCCUUACAGCUCCCCACAAACUCUGCAUCAUACAUCAAGUGACAGUCAUUUCAAGCCCCAUGCCGUAAAAAGAGAUUAUUCAUACACAGAAUAUGUUAGGGAAGGAUUUGUAUGCUCUCCACAAACGCUGUCUUGGAGUCAUGAUGUUACUUAAAUGUUCCUUGUAUGGGACUGUUCAAAGUUCAGUUUUGGUAACAACGAGAGAAGAGAGAAGUGGUGUUAAAAAAAUUUAAAGAAGUGUUGCUCUUCCUGCAAGUUUAUUAGACAGUCUUUGAGAAAGGCCAAUCGAGGGGAACUUCCUGUUUAACAGAAUAUUUCCAAAUCUUCUCAAAUGUGACAUCGCUUUCACUUAGCUUUCAUACGAACAUAAUUUCCUACAAAGGAUUCAAUCAUAAAAACUUUAUAGCACUCAUACACAUCCACCUUAUGACCCUGCUGUAACGUUGCAUUUGCAUCAGCAUCAGGAAGUUGAAGGUGUUGGCGGAGAACUGUGGCCACCUAACCCCAUUCAACCACCAGUGCUGCCGCUGCUGCGUUGCUACGGGAACCCUAUUGCUAUGGUAGCGGGGUAGAGGUUUGUCACACCUCAUUACAAGACUUUGCAGGGAGAAACAGAGAGAAACAAGGCGGAGAGCGAGAGAAAUAAAGGAGUUGGAGAGAGCAAUUGGGGAGGAGGAGAGGGUGAGCAAUGAGGCACACAUGAACGAAAAAGAGAGUGAGAAAGAGAGAGACAGGAAGGCACCAACACAGAGAGAGGGAGGAGUGAAGGGUAAAAGAGGAAAAGAUAAAAGUAAAAUCCCCAGAGGAGGGGGAGCUGAAGGAAUGCAAAUAGAGGCAGAGGGAGAGAUGAUAAUAAAAAAGAGCCGCUGCUCUUUGGGACGACACGGUGUGCUGCUGUUGAGGCAGUAAAAUAUGAAUGAAUGAAAAAGGAGCCCAGAGAAGAGGAGAGAGAGAGUGGGUGGGGAAAGAGAGAAGAGGCACGAUUGGAUGAGACGAGGCUGUUGCACAGACCUAAAAAGACAAAGGAGGCAGACUGAUAAAUAAGAACAGGGGGAGGAUCACAUGUUGGCUGAUAGGAGCAGGAAGAGGCUGAUGGAGGAAGCUGGGUCAAGGCCACAUGAAUUUUUUUCACCAUUUAUCCGCGCGUGUGUGUGUGUGUGUGUGUGUGUGUGUGUGUGUGUGCUGGCUCCAGAAUGCUGCAUAAUUUACCAUUGAAUGUGGAGCAACCAUGGUUUUCAUGCCCAUUCUCAGAGGACAUCAGGCCCGUGGUGAUGGUGAUGAUGAUGCUGCAUCACGCUUGCACACAUUAUCUGUGAAUCAUACCCACGUCAUAUCAUCACAAGGCGUGAUGAAAGGAGGGUAUGUCAGAGGUCUGUUUUGUGGUGUUAGACAUUAAGGGAGGGGAUGAAGAGACGGGGGAGAGUUUCCUAGUAAUGCACCGUGCUGCCAGGCUCCGUUUGUAGACAGGUGCAGACUCACUGAAGGCGUGAAGCUUCAGUUCAUUCAAAUCCAUUUCCAUCAGUCAAAUAAAGUUGUUCUGAGCGUGUGUCGAUCUAGCUUGUCAGUUAGACCCCUGAAGAAGUCUGAGGUUUGAGAUGACCAAAGUUUCUGUCAUUGUUGAAAUUAUUCAUGCACAUACUGAGAGAGCUCCUAAGAUUUAGCUGCUAUUAGUAAGAAAACGAACGACCAGAUUUCCUGUGUCUGGUUUAAGCCGCGGUGUAAGUGGUUGUGGGUUUAAAAACAUGUGACCACCCUCAAAGCUGUUAGGGAGAGCCCCUUGCAUUGUUAUUUCUGAUACUCAUCAGACAUUGCAUGGGCUGGACAUUUCCUCCUUUGCCCUCAGGGGCAGGAUAGGGUGGGAAGGCUCAAAAACACACCAACGCACGUACACUCAUGCACAGUUUCUAUUUCAACACAGUACCUCUCAUUAUGACCAUGUAUGGUUUCCACCACGUCCUGUAUGUAAGGCCUGACGCUUACCCCACAAUACCGGAUGUUAGCGUCACCACAUCAGACUCAGCAGUGACAGUUAGCAGUACGCCAUUUUUUAGAAAUAUAUCAUAUCUAAGUACGGGAACUGAAAACUUUCUGGUUUGCUAAGCUUGAUGAUAAGAGCGAUACAAAUCAGGCGAUUAAAAGUUACCGUUUAUAACAUUUGCUAAAAUGAAAAUCCACAGAAGAUAAUUUUGAAAAAUUAGAGGGAUGUUGCUGUUCAACCUUGAAUGAAGUCAAGAAUAAAGCCAUUUCUCUCCUGCUGUGAAGGUGAAUGUAAAGCUCAGGAUUUCACUCUCUACCUAGACAGUCCUGAUGAUGCAAGUGCAAAGAAUCACAUGAUUCCUGUCCCAGAGUGUCAAAAUGUUUCUAACUCACAUGUUUGUUUAAUUUCAUGUCUCAGUAUCUCUGGAUAAUCACUUUUAAAGCAUCUGUUGGUUUUUCUGUCAUUACUAAUCUUGACUUCACAGUUGUGAUUUAUCAGCAGACAUAAUAAGUCCUGAAUUUUUUGGGUUGCCUUCUCUUUUUUUUUUUUUUUUUUCCCUAACACGAUCAUGUUUGUGUUGCAGGUUCUCUACAAGGAGGAUUUUGAGAAGAAUAAAGGGAAAGGUUUCAGUGUGGUCGCAAACACGCCAGAGAUGGAGAGAAUUAAGAAAGCGCAGGACCAAAUCAGCAAUGUAAGUGUCCUAAAGACAGUUCACGGAGACUGAACAACCAGACUGAUAUCACAGUUUUUGAAACCUUUAGCAAAGAUCACGCUUUUAUUUAUUUAUUUAUUAUGCAGCUGUCAUGUGAAAAGAACUUGAAAUUAAGAUUCAUUCUUUUGUCAGCUCUUACGCAUUCUAGCGUAACAUCUUUACCCAAAGCCUGUGAGACCCUCUUCAUUCAUUUCUUAAGAAUUUUAACAUUUUUCACUUUUGUAAGUGUCUUCAUCCUCCUUUAUACUGUCACAUACAAAAGUCAGGCUUCUUUAAUUCAUAGUACACCUCAUUUAUAUUUCAAAAUUCUCCCUGUAUUACAUUGAUCCCCCUCUCUCCCUCAGCUCCAGCUAUCGAUUUGCCAUUUCUCUGUAAAUACUCAUCAGCUGAAACGUCAUUUGCCUUAUGUCCCCAGACUUUUUGAGUCAGCUGUAAAGACCUUUAACUCUCUGUGAAACACACUCACACACAGAACAUGCAUCAUUACGCAUACGCUGCUCUGUGCUGGCCUCGCUAAUGGCAUAAUUAGUGUGCGGGGUGAUGGGUAAUUACUGCUUUCAUGUACUGAGAGAUGUUGCAUGUCUGAAAUCAAGGAAUUUGGAGGACAGAGGGAGGAAGAUGAACAUAUGUAACAUGUAUUUAUGGGUGUGUGCACAUACAAACCAAAUCAUCUUAAUGAGGGUAAAAUGGCAGGAUGGAUUCGAUGUGUUGGUUGGAGCUGAUAACUCAGACAUCUGCUUAUAAUCAGUGUGUCGUUCACAGCCAAUCACAAGUGAACCAUCUCCUCCCAGGACUUGAAGCAGUUUACUCAGCUCUGUACCAGGAAUGUCAACAAUCUGAAGCCUUUCAGUCUGGACUCUUCUCGUCUGCCAUUCUUGUUAGCGUGUUUUUUAAAAUAAUGUCGUAACUCCUAACUCUGAACUGCUUUCAUUUCUCAUUAUCUUCCCCGUGUCAAGCAACAAUCACUGAGGAGUGAUGGGGAUGUUUAGUUCACUUCCUAUAAAUCCACACACACCAUCUGUUCGACCUGCUUCUUGAAAACAAACACAAAAUAAUCUCCUUUACAAACUCUCACUUAGCAUAUUGCCCUUGAGAACAGUCUCUUGUGUUCUUCCCCUCACUCGUCUUAGUGUCCUCACAUAAACACUCCCUGUCAUCCCGUCGAGUCUGUCAAUACCCUCCUCGCUCAGGCCGCAGGCACAGUGGAGCUCUUUGAGUGCGGGUGUAAGCAGGGACAGAAUCAGGGCUGUAAAUCUUGACCAAGGCUCUAUGAGUCAGUCUGUUAUCAGCCUGGUAAUAAGAAGGGCCGGGCUGUGAAGGCCUAUUUAGUGCAGUCAUCGAGCAGUCACUCAGUUUCACUUUCUCAUGAGUGUGGCCUAGUUCAUGUUGAAACACUGAAUGCUGCCUCUGUCUGACAGGAGUCAGAGUCUGAUGUUGUAGGUAGGUCUUUGUACCUGGACCAGCAGUGCAGCUGCUUCUUUUUGAACUUACACCAAGAUAUGCAAUGUUGGAUUCAAACAACCCCGAGGAGAAAGUUCAAAAUGUUCAAGUUCACUCCCAGAGUAUUAAUGAUUUGGAUUAUGCUGCGCCAAGUCAUAUGAUCCCCUCCUCCCAUUCCCCCUCCUCCUCCUCCUCCUUCCUUCUUUCUCUGUUUCCUCUUGCUGGCUCAUUUUCACCACACGUAUCCAGACUUCUAGUUGGUUCCCUUUUUUUUUUCUUUUUAACCUCACCUGUUCUUCCUGAUGUGUCAGCGAAGAGUUGCUAUGCAACUAAGAGCUCACACUACUUCCUGCCGCUGAGAUGUCAUUUCCUGUCAGUGUCAGACUGCCUCCCAGGGCUCUGCUGCGUGUAGAAGGCCCCACCUAUCACCGUUGACUCAAGGGUGUAGGGGCGCGCAUAGGAGACCUCUGGUGGACAGAAAGUGAACUACACCUGGUGUUGCUUCCUUAACAGAGGACUGCACCUGUGGAUGUGAAGCCCACCUCACUCAUAGAUGACUCUAAACUGAUCGUGUCUGUCCCUUUCAGAUCAAGUAUCAUGAGGAGUUUGAGAAGAGAAAGAUGGGAGGAGAGGCCCCUCAACAUCAGCCAAGCAACCCCUGCCCAGGUAUCCUCCAAACACACACAGAAAUAAACACAGGCUUCAUAGGUCACUUAUCAAACACCAUUUCUAUUUGAUUGGAGCCUAUUGUAAAAGCAGUCGACAAAAGAGUAAGGAAAGAGGUAAUAAAAAUAACAAUAAUAACAUCUACCAUUAUAAAAACAUCUGUACUAUUACUCAAAACUCAUGACAGAGAAAAGAAAAAAAGAUCCUCUGGAAUUUGCAUGGCUUCAAACCCCCUGAUAAGAAUUUUAAGACUAAGUACCGACAUUCUUCUUAAAGCUCUGUGCCGUGUCUUAACUUAGUCCCCUCUCUGCCACAGGCAUAAUGCGCUCACUCAGCUGGCUGUUACACUGAAGCUUACAUAGGUUCAAACUUGUUCACUAUAAUCCUCUUCUGCAUUCAAUUUAUAUAACCAUAAAAAAUCUUAUUCCAGCAGAUAUUCUUGUUUGAAAAUCGCACAGUAAUUCUCGUUAUCCCUGAUUGAGUAAAUGAAUCGACAAGUUGUUGUUGAUGAUUGUGACUUUGUUGAUGUUAGCAUUUAUGAGGCCAGUGAAAAAACUGUGGCUCUGUAUUUGAAUAUCCUCUGAAUCUGCUGUUUCUAUUUGAAAUGCCUGAUUUAGACACAGUACAGCAUUGUUCAAGGAAAUCAAUGGCUUUAGGAUGCACGUCUUGGCUUGUCAUGCUAAAGAAUUCCUCCCUCUCCUGAUGAGUCAUUGCAGAAACACAAACAAAAGCAAAAAAACAGGAAUUAACAAGCUUUUGCUGUAUGCGUUAAAAUCCUAAUCCUCCCACAACUGUUGCAUGCAGACCUGUGGCACACUGUUGAAUACCAGUUUAUCUCCCAGUGAGUUUAUCAAACUCUAAGAGCGUUUUUUUUUUGUUCAUUUCUUCUCUUUCUCCUCGCUCUGAUUUUCCAGCAGCUUACCAGCAGCCUGCAGCCUCUCAGAACUAUCAAUAUGAGCCAACUCCCGAACCUGUGCGCCAGGCGGCUGCUGCUCCUCCUCCCAGUGCUGGGGUAAGUUCUCCAUUGCCCCCUCUAGGGUUUCAUGUGCUCCAAGUUUAGUCUGUUGCGAAACAUAAUGAGAAGAGUUACUGUUACUUUUUCAGUAUUGCAAAACACUGACAUGUAUUCAGAAAUCGAACUUUGGCAAUGAGAGCUUUUUGGUACUGAUAAACUGAUAAACAAAAGUGAUCCAUUUUUACCAGCCCUUAGCUUCUGAGAAGAUCUGGAUUUUCUUUCCCUCUGAUUAUUAUGGUUUAGGACUUUUGUUGUGCAUAAGAAGAGAUGAAGAAAACUAGUCCAUCAGUUGAAAAAUAAUCUGCAGGUUAAUCAUAGUACAAUAUUUAUAGGUUAUUGUUUAUCUGACAUGGAUUAUCUUCACUUAAACAUGAAUAAGGUGUCAAUUAGGGCUGGGCGAUAAACCGAAAAUUUACCGAUACAGAAAUUUACACUGAUAACCGACGUCAUUUUGCCCAUGUCAGGAUAUUUGGUGACAUAAAAAUAAAUAGAUACAAGUUGGUUUUGGAUGUGUGUAGGUAGGCUAUGAUCUCAUGUCCCUUUAAGACGUGACUCUACCCCAUCCAGUCCGUAACAAAGAGGGAAAGACAGGUGAGGUGUUGGAGGACGGUUCAAAAGUUGUAGCGGCUGGAGCGGCGGCUGAAGUAGACAAAGAUUAUGUGGGAGGGGGUGAGCAGCUUGUGGAGUAGUUAUCGCCCAUUUAUAGUAAUCAAGGUGAACUGCUCAAUAAAUCUUGAUAUUGAUUUGAGGACAUAUCGCCCAGCCAUAGUAUCAAUGCAAAAUUCUGUCUGACAAACUGAUCUGUGGCUGCUGUGGUCUGAAACUAACCCAGCUCCCUCUUGUCUGUCUCUCACAGAAGCGGUACAGGGCCGUGUAUGACUACGCUGCUGCUGAUGAGGAUGAGGUGUCCUUCAUGGAUGGAGACGUGAUCGUAGACGUACAGCAGAUUGACGAGGGCUGGAUGUAUGGCCGCGUGGAGCGCACUGGCCAGCAGGGCAUGCUGCCCGCAAACUACGUUGAGGCCAUCUGAGUGAGAGGGAGAGAAGAAGAGGGAGAGAUAAAGGAGGAGGUAGAGAAAGGGAGAGAAAGAAGGAAAGGAAAAGUAAAGCCCAGUGCCAUCUCAUCUUAAUGCCGCUUUCUCUUGAUUUUACUCUUGUUCCCUAAAACCUGUCCUGUGAGACCCUUACCCCCCUGCAUCCUUUCUCUGCUCCCUCUGCCCAUACAGCUCUAUCACAGACACCCUCUGCCUGUCUGUCUGUUUCUCCGUCUGUGCGUCUGCUUUUCUGUCUGUCUGUCUGUCAAUCUGUACUGAUGUCGAUCUCUUUUUGGAUGUUCUUCAUCACUGAACCUGGCUGCACUCUGGUGUUAUCACAAGUGGAAAAUGAAAAGUCUUAAAAGAUAAACUCAAAGUUCAUCGCAGUAUAUCAGGGGUCAUGCCGAGUCCAUCCUAGCUGUAGUACUUCACAAUCCUGACACAACAAUAUUGAAAAACAAGAACUUUUUCCCCCAUCACCGCAAUGAUUUUAUGAAUCAAAUGAGUUGGUAGUGUGGGUGGCUGUGGGAUUUCCACAAGCCUCUUUGAUUGCUUUUGUCUCAAAUUUUGCGGUGUGAUCUCGGCCCCGACUGGAAACGCAGUGUAGAAUCUCAGUCUAUCAGAGCUAUGCUUGAAUAUUUUUGACUCGUGUACAUUCCUUUAAUCUGUAAGUGUCGCAUUCGCCAGUUUAGCCGUCUUAACUGAGAGUUUUCUAAUUCAUUUAUUGACGGACACAUAUCUCGCCGUUGUGUGCUCAAAGAAGGUGUCCUCUUUUUCAGCACUGCACCGCAGGUAUCAUUGUAAAACUGGAAUCGAGCCUAACUGAAGAGCCCUCAUGUCGCUGCCUAAGUCAGGGGUAUCGAUGCAGGAGGGAUCAGGGAAAAGUUAGGGGACAUCAUCAGUCCAUCCUUUGCAGCUACACUCGAUACAUCACCUCAGUCAGUGCGGAUGUAGAGAAUAUAUCAAUAUAUUUAUACAUAUGCACCCUUAUUCCUGUUCUUUGCAGCCUGAAUGCCUUCAAUUCAGAGAGAAACAAAAUUUAUGGUGAUCUAGGUUUUGGGAAAGGAGAUGGGACCAUGUCUAAUCCUUCCCCCUCUUUUUGCUACAAGAAAACACCCUCAUAGAAAAAGAAGGCAGCGGCCAAGCACAACUAUAUUGUGAAUCUUUUUUUAUUUCAAAUUUAUUCCUCUGUUUUUGUGAGUAAACAUUCCAGUCUUUAUUUUUCCAUUUCAAUGUGCGAAAAAUGUCGAAUCCUUGGCUGUGGUAAAUGUUGUUGUUGUUGUUUUCCCCAUGCUGUUCUUCUUUUACUGUCUUUGUUAUUGUAAGAAUCUUAUUUUCUAAAACAGAAGAAGAAAGUAAGUCUAUUCAACAAACGAACCAGCAGUUCAAUUAAUGAUCCAUGGUGGAAAAGUUUAGUCAGACUCUCUCAGUUACAGUAUUAAGUCUUGGGAAAUGUCUCUACUGUUUGUGGGCAGAACACUCGACCACAAUCAGACCUGUUUUUGAUCAGCAGAUCUUCAUUUCCUGUUUGAUACUCUUGAGCUUUGAAGUCAGCCGUGUCAUUUGGCGUUUAAAAUACAAAUUUAAAAGAGUUUAGUUUCAUCCACUGGUCAUAAAACCACCCAUAAAGGCAGGCCUGAGUGCUGAUCAAAGACAGGAAGGUGAUUCCCUCAACUGUUUGACGGUCAUUUGGCUGGUCAUUAUGAUGUGAUGAUUGUUGGCUCAUAAAAUCAUAAAAUGAAGCUUUUAAUUGGCUGGUUUCCUCACAGACAUCACACAUCAUCAACUCUUCACUUUCAAUACUGUAUGUCUGUGGAGACCUCAUCCGACUUCAAACAUGAUGUUGAACAUUCCUCAGUGGUGUAAAUAGUCUCAUUCGGCCCCUGACCAUACGCGCCUCUUUACUCCCCUUUACUUGCUGUUUCAUUCUCCUGUGAUGCACUGUGACUGUCACAGACGUGAGUGAUCAGGGUGGUUGUGUUUUAGGUGGGGUUAGGUAGGGUUGGGGCAGAUACAAUAUGAUCAGCUUUAUUAAAAGAAUCAAGGCUCUCACUAUGUAGCUAGAGGACAUUGUACAAUUGUAUAUGUAUCAUAAAGGUGAGUUAGGGAAAUUGUACGUACAGGUCUUGGUGCUCUGGGAAGUGGCUUGCCUGCAGAAGAAAAAUGGUUCCCACUUUUGUUUUUUGGAAUGCGGCUUAUGGGAAGCAAUGUAAUUUUAAAGUAAACUCCAGUUUGGUGCAAGUCUGUGUUUAGCAACUUUCUAAUGUGAGCAGUUGUUGCAGGUUUAUAAAACAGAAAAAAUAAAACACACAUCUCCAACUGGGAAGAAAGAACGAAUGAAUGAACACACUGUUUGUACGCCUGUAUUUUGCAUUAACCUCUAACUUGACAACAGGACAAGUUUAUUUGCAAAACAGAUGCAAGAAUGGAAAGCUGUUGAAGAGCUUAGUUGUGCUUCUUUUUGGAUAAACUGAAGAGUUUUUGGUUUGGUUUGAAGUGAAAUGAUUGUUGUUCCUGGCUUUAUAGUAAUGUUUGCUCAAAUCUAAUUUAACAACAAAACUGGUGGCCUCCAAAUCACCUUUUGUUUUGAUGGCAUCAGUUGGUGUUCUGGUUGAAAUGAAAAGUGGCCAAAGGCGGCCAGCAUUCUGUGUGGCUCUGGAUGGAUUGAAGUCAAAUUCAAGCGAGUGAGGGUGUAUCUGUACAAGGCUGAAUCUCCCAGGCUGUGAAGCAGGGCAAGUUGUUUUCCUGACCUGGAUAUUAGUCAAGGGGGCGACCUCUUUGCGCCAAAUACGGCUCUUCUGCUCUGGCAUCACUCAUCGACUGAACCAUAAGAUCAUAUCAUUACCUAGUCUCCAUUCAGUUUCUGUCUCGUAUCCUGUCCACCUGUCUGAUGAGACCCCUCUUUCCUUCAGCCUUCAUCGUAGACCCCAGCGCUUCUGAACCAAUGCCACCCCUCCCUUCCCCGCUUCUAUGAUACUGGAUAUAAACUGUAGACUUUGCAGAGUGAAAUCAUGUAAUCCUCUAUCAGGUUUAGCAUUCAGACCAGUUUUGUGCAUUCCAUCUUAAAUUGUUUUGUUUUUUUAUAUAAUUUUUUUUUAAUUAAAAAAAAAAAGAUAAAGGUUACAUAUGCAUAAUGACAUACAUGUGUAUUCAAAACUCAUACUGGAUACAUACUCAGAAAGGACCUGAUAUCAUCUCCUGUUGCCCUGUCACAGCACUUCAAAUUGUACUUAUGAUUCUGGAGAUUCAAUAAAAUGUCAUUUUUUCUCAGACUGUGG